GGUUCUGAUCGGUGCGUGGUUGUCAUUCAUAAGAUUCCGUGGAGUUCCUCGGUGGCUCACCGGGGGGGCGGGGCUCCUCCCCCCGGUCUCGCACCUCACGCUGCGAGGUUUUUCUCCACACCGUCUCCCAGUCUGUGACCGCAUCGGCAAGUAACACCAGCAAUAUUCUCCCUUUUUCUUCCUAGACUGCUGAAAAAAAAGGUGUUGGUAGUGCUGUUGGUUUUUUUUCUUUCUCGUUUCCUGCUAACGGACACUUUGCCACCCGGUGUGGUUUUCGGUGCGCCGGGGGUGUCACGGUGCAGCAUCCAGCUAACCCCCUCACUGCGCACGGAUCUCCGUGAUUUCUGCCAUGCAUCCGCAUCGGGGCAUUACGGGUCAUGCAGCAUAGGCUUCUUUUUAUGUCUUCUGUCCCCGUGUGUGUGUGUGUGUGAGCUUUGAUCUGUGAUUAUCACACCAUGUUUCCUCCUGAUUUGUCAGACACAUGCACUGACAAAACAUCAUCUCACUGCUGGCAGCCGCACGCAUUGCCUGCCCGUGUCCGUCUCACAUCUUCCCUCACAUCCCCGCCUGCACGCUGUGUUUUGUAGACCCAUAUAUUUUGUUGUUGUUGUCGGGCAACGCAUCUCCAUCGUCCCCUCCGAAAUGCCACUCCAAUGGUGGCUGCUGACAUCCCCGCAGCCCUCUUAAAAAAAAACCCAAAACAAGACGUCCAGAUCGCGGGGUUUGAACCGAGAUGGAUAGUGGGAGUCGGGCUGCGACGGUCGGAGACGGUGCAGGCAAUUUCACCGCAGCCCGCCUCUGGCUGGAUCCGCUGAACGCUUCGAGUCCGCCGCCGACGUGGUGGGACAGCAGCCCGCCUCACGAGGGCACCGAGCUGGAUGAGCAGCAGCGCCUCGUCCGGGAGCAAGCCUACCGGGACUUCACCACCACCAUCCAGGUCUUCAUCCUCAUAGGUUCGCUGCUCGGAAACGCCUCAGUGUUGUGGUGCACCUGCUGCACAAACGUCUUUAAAUCCGUGACCAACCGAUUCGUCAAGAACCUGGCCUACUCGGGUAUCUGCGCCGGCCUGGCGUGCGUUCCCUUCGACGUGGCGUUCGGCGCCAGCCCUCGCUGCUGCUGGUGGCUUCACACUCUGCUGCUCUGCAAGGCCAUCAAGUUCCUCCAUAAGCUCUUCUGCUCGGUCACUGUGCUCAGCUUCAGCGCCAUCGCACUCGACAGAUACUACUCUGUUCUGUACCCGUUGGAGAAGAAGAUCUCAGAUGCAAGAUCCCGCGAUCUGGUCAUCUACAUCUGGAUCCAUGCAACGGUGGCGAGCCUCCCGGUGUUCGCCGUGACCAACGUGACGGAUUUGUACGUGACCUCAUCCUGCUCCGAUGACCACGCCCGCUCCCCGGGCCACAUGGUGUACGUGUUGAUCUACAACGUCACCACGGUGAUCCUCCCCCUCGCUCUGGUCUUCAUCUUAAUGCUGCUGAUCCGCAGAGCGCUCAGUGCCAGCCAGAAGAAGAAGGUGAUAAUCGCGGCGCUGCGGACUCCCCAGACCAGCAUCUCCAUCCCGUACGUGUCCCAAAGAGAAGCCGAGCUCCACGCCACUCUUUUGGCCGUGGUGCUGGCCUUCUCGGCCUGCAGCGCCCCCUACGGGGCACUGGUGGUUUAUCGCACAAUUUUGGCAGACACUACGGAACUGCCAAUUUCGCUGUACCUGACGGCUCUGUGGCUACCCAAGGUCUCCCUGCUCACCAACCCCCUUUUGUUUCUGACCGUUAACCGCUCGGCGCGCCACAGCUGGCUGGACCUGCUGGCCAGGACCCACAGACGUUACAGCCGCCGAAACGUGGUCAGCAGCGGCGCUCUGGCCUCUCUAGGAGUGGAGGGUGUGAUCGGGGAGCCGGUGGGACUGGAGACAGCCGGCCGCUCGGGGAGCCAGCUCCUGGAGAUGUUUAACAUUGGCCAGCAGCAGAUCUACAGGCCCUCCGAGGAGGAAGGGGAGGAAGAGGGUGCAGAGAAAGAGAUCCCUGCUCAAGCGUCAGCAGGCUGCUCAGGGCCUAAAGAGGACCUGAAGGGCGGAUCGAGACUAGGGAGCUUCAGAGGGGAGUCGAUCACUAAGGAUCCUCUGCAGGGGACAGGGGGAGGGCUGGUCAUCACAAAGGACGGCCCUCCUUCCACCAUGGCACCGCGGGCCUCUCCGGUCCACACGUGUGCUUACGCCUCUUCGUCGCAGGUAGCACCCGCCACGCCUACAGACGCUGAGGACUCCACACAGUUUGGUUUCGGACCCUUCGAGCUGCCGCCCCAGUGGUUACCGGAGACCAGGAACAGCAAGAAGAGACUGCUGCCCCCGCUGGGUAACACACCCGAGGAGCUGAUCCAGACCAAACUGCCCAGGCCGCGGCCUGAACGUAGAAUCAGCAGAAACAACAAGGUCAGCAUCAUCCCUACCGGCACCCCAUGAACUAUCCUGGCCUCUGACCUUCAACACUGGACACAACUCGUUACAGGGGAGGCCUCUUGGGUUGACCAGGCCUGCACAGGAUAUCAAUGCUGCUUAGUCAGAUACUCGGUUUCUUUUAGCUGAUUUAACGCAUUGUAGAGGGACAAAAGCUACACCUGAAGCAGUGUAGUUUUCUUAUUGGACGAGAAUCAAUUUCAUACUUAACAUUUAAUGAUGGGAGAAAUGUGUCUGCUAGAUCCAACUCAACUACUACUUGAUACAGACCCGAAAACCACGAUCGAGGACUCAUCUGCAUGAUUAUCGAGAAUGCAAAAAUCUUUUACAAUGCGCCUAUUUGGAUUAGUGCUAGUGCUGGUUUAAUGUACACUGUACAAAUGAUAUUGUCCUGAGCGAUGCACCGGUAGAAUAACAUAUAUCGGUAAAAGAACAUCCAUGUCAGCCCUUUCACUUCAACCUUUGUGGUACUGUUAUUUUUUGUAACAUGGAUUUACGUUUUUGGAUUAAUGUUUUCUCAAGUCUGACUUUUGCAUAAUAUUGAGAUUUCUUCUAAUUUGGUAGAUGUUGUCGUUUGUACUUUAAAUGUAUGUGGAUUUGAUAAAAAUGAGUAAUGCAGAUGUAUGCAAAUACAUGUUGAAAGGAUGUGAGUUUAGAAGGUGUUUAGACGUGUUUUCUGGAACACAAAGUGCAUCAAAUUGACAGGAAACGGAAAGAAUAUUUCAUAUUGUGUGUUUUGAUAACAACAAGAAAAGAAAAUCCAGGUCCGAAAAUCCAAUCUUUUAGUCCCCUCCAAUCAAUGUUAGUGAUUUCUCCCAGGUUUCCUGAAAAUCAAUUGCUUAAUCAAAUGACUGUGAAAUAAAGCAAAUAAGAGGUACAAGCACAUUUUUAUAUUGCCAAAUAUCUGUUAAAUGUUUUUUUACUUCUCUGCCCAUGGUACUGUGGGCCUAGUCUCCUUUUGUGAUGCUUAAUUCAAUGGUAGCGGCCUCCACCUGAGGCUUUGGAUGAGGUAAACAGAGCUGGGCUACACUUCAAAUAUUUGUCAAGUCGUAACUCCUCUGGUCUACCCGCAAUCCCCUGUUGUGUCCACAAAGGACCUAAAUCAAUGCUGCAUCCCACCAAUGCUGUUAUCAGUCAAAAUUGUGCAGUCGUGCCUGGCGGAAAAAACGGUAUCCAUCGGUGCCACUUAAAAGCAGGAAAGGGAUGAGAAACAUGUUUAUUCUUAUACGUCUGCUUUGGUGAUUCAAAGGGUUUCAUGAAAGGCUGGAACAUCCUUGAUUUAGUUCAGUUGUUUAUUAUGUUAUUGAUUUAAGGCUUAUCAAACCAGCUUUAACUCAAAAACCCAUUAAGACCGUGACAACAAAAAUAUGGUGCGUAUAAUGUGUAUAUACUGUGCAUGCGGAGGCUUUAUAUGAGUAAACUUCAAAAUCAUUUUGCAUUCAUUUGCACAAAAGCCUCAAUAGUUUGAGUGUAAAGGGUACUUAAACUUACUUUCUCUAGUACCUUCUUAAAAUGAAUGAAGGGAUCAAUUUCACAACCGAUUCUUCCUUUUGAUAUUUUUGUCCAUGUCUUUUUUUUCUCCGGCUUGAAGGAGGCCGGGCUCAGGUGAGUUUGUACAAAGGCACUGCUGAAGCUGAAGCUCAACCUCCAUUAUUGACACUGGCAACAGCAGCCCCCCCCCCCCCCCCCAAGGUGACUCUCCUUCUUCAGCUUUCGAUCGUAUUUAAGGAUCUUCAUCAGGAGAUGGAAUGGGCCCAUUUGUGGGCUUCUACGUGUUGGUCUUUGAUCAUAAAACAAGGUCCAUUUAGCAGCUAUGCUGGAGCUUUUCGGCAAGCUCACGUGAUCCUCAUCAGCACUAAUUAACGAUAAUCUAAAACACAUCUGAGGGGAGGAAGAUCAUGUGAUAUGAUUGAAAGCCCCAGAACAGCUUUUCUUUUACUGCUGAGCAAUUGUUGAUCAGUUAUUGAAUUUUCACCAUUUGAAAGCUCCACAUACUUACCAUAUUUACAGUGAUCAAGUAGAAUGCAGCAUUAGUUUGGCAUCCUUACACAACCACUGUACACUGUUAGUAAAAUCCAGGACUUACUUUUGAUCAGUGCAAGUCUAGACGCUUUAAUGAGCAAUUGGAGGCACAAUGCCUACGCAAAAGCUCUUAAGUAUUUUGUCCGCAGCACAACCACUGGGUUUGGAGAUCCAGCAGCAUGUUGACUAUAACAUUUCAAAAACAGUAUUGUUUAAUCUUCUUUGCAGUCUGUGUAAGAAGGAGCACAUGAGGGGCUUUUCCAGCUCCAGAAGCAGAGAACAAAGUCUCUGUUUGUUGUCAGCUUUGGUUUAUUGUAAUCCAAGCAGGAAUUGUCGUCAGCGGUUUUUAUUCAUGUGGUGACUGGUAUCGUCAUCCUUGCCCCCCCUGACCGCCCCCCUACACCCCACUCCCCCUGACCGCCCGUCCAUGGAAAGUCCCCUAUGGAAAAUGGUAUUACUGCUGCAGUCUGAAGCCAGUGGGCACAAUCAAUUCACUGGUGUUAUCGAGGAGUACAGCACUGAAAACAUAUUCUAAUUAUCCAUAAAAACAUCCUCAGGAUUAUAGAAUCUGUCAGCAGCUCGCUGCUCUUGAAGGAUCACGGCGUAAAACUCGAAGGUCAACAUUUAAUUCAAUGAGGAUUAAAAUUAAGUUUAAGUUCAGGAACAACCACUUGGUUGAGGAACCGAAACAACUAAAGCUCUCUUGUAUCAAAGGUUAAUGUGUUUCAAUGUCACGCUACUUCAGCCACCAGAGGUUAGUUUCUACAGAAAAUGUAACAUAAAUUGUUCAAGAAAAUUGAACGUACCCAGGCGGUCAUUUUCCACAUGUGUGUCCUUGUAAAUCUGUCUGUGGUUAAUAUUAAUAUAUUUUUUACAACAACCUGGCUCAAUAAAAGUAAUAGAGAUGGCUUAAUCAGCUUAAGCUAGGGUCAAUACCUUUGUCAAUAAUAUAUAAUGACUCAAAAUGUGGAGUACACUGAUGUAGUUGAGGUCAUUUAUAUCUUCUGAAUUCUGGAUUGAUUGUCUGAUUAUUUCUUCCAUGAAUAAAUGUAUCCUUCAA